AAGUCUUAAGUGUUCAUCCUGUUAUGUAGAAAACUUCCACGAGCAAAGAUGUUACUUCUAGCCCCAUUUCUAAUCAUAAUUCUUUGUUUAACGUCAACGAUUAACGCACAAAACGCCUGUUCUCUUGACGUAUCCACAACUGACCUCAUAAUCCUAGACCAGUCUUACAAAAUCCGCCUUCCUGCCACCAAUAAAACUGAAAUCAGCUUGCGCUAUCAGGAAAAACUUUUGAUCAGAUGUCCCUCUGGAUCCAUAACUCCUUUGCUUUCUGAUGAUGGUGAAAAUACUCAGUGCGAUAAAGGCACAAUACUUCAGAUUCUCAGAAAUACGCGUUACAUUGACUUCUCCAGCAUCAAGUGCGUCCAAAAGCUUCCCGCUACCCUUAAAAUAAGCGAUGCGAAGUGUCAUAAUGGGGGCACUGACGUCCAAAUCGGACUCGAGAUGUUAAACGUAUUUACCGUAAUGUAUACAGUGUGUUUCGACCAAAAACAGCUCGUUCCCGUGAAUGCCACCUUCAACGUUCCAAUUGACCAAUGGGGAGCGUUUUCUAGUGAAACAACAGAUCACUAUUUUGUCGAUGACGGUCAUUUGUACCCGGACGUCGACUUGGACGCGCUUUACGAAAGGCAGGAUCAGAUAUUUACAAACUGGGGACUUCCCGAAUACCACACUAACGAGAGUUUUUUGAUAAAAGGGCAACUUUUACCGAGCUAUCUCUUUUCGUAUUCGCUGGAAAAAUACGCAGCUUUUAAUUAUGCGAAUGUCGUGCCACAAUGGAGUACGCUUCGGAACGUGUUUGCUGAAUUUGUUAACAAUUUUGUUAGUGAGAGAGGGAUAAAUGCCACAGUGUACCAAGUUGGCACUCUGGAUGUGGCUACACUGCAAAGUUCUCAAAAAGGGACGGUGAAGCUGUUUUUGGGGGUAUCUAAGACAAUACCUGUACCGAGAUGGUUGUGGUUCACGCAGCCGGACAGUUUUACGAUUUAUGGCUUCAAUAAUCCGUAUUACGAAGAAGCAGACGUGGAAGCUGAAUUUAAAGAAUUGUGUAUGUUGCCGUUUUCGUUUGAGAAGUUUAAAGAUAUGUUGGUUGGAGUAUGUGGCGGUGAUCCAAAUGUAUAGCGUUCACGGGGUGUACUUGACUUCGUGCUUGUUGCGACAAUAAAUCAAUGACGAAGA